AUGCACUCGAUCGAAAUCAUCCCAAUUGUGGACGAUGAACAACUCGAUGGUAUUGAAAUUAACAAUCUUUUUUUUUGUUGUUGUAUUUGUCUACCCGCACUCCCCUUUCUGUCACUGGGCCAUUUUGUUUCUUUGUGCCCUUCUUUUUGUUGUUGUAUUUGUCUACCCGCCCUCCCCUUUCUGUCACUGGGCCAUUUUGUUUCUUUGUACCCUUCUUUUUGUUGUUGUAUUUGUCUACCCGCACUCCCCUUUCUGUCACUGGGCCAUUUUGUUUCUUUGUGCCCUUCUUUUUGUUGUUUUAUUUGUCUACCCGCCCUCCUCUUUCUGUCACUGGGCCAUUUUGUUUCUUUGUGCCCUUCUUUUUAUUGUUGUAUUUGUCUACCCGCCCUCCCCUUGCUGUCACUGGGCCAUUUUGUUUCUUUGUGCCCUUUUUUUUAUUGUUGUAUUUGUCUACCAGCCCUCCUCUUUCUGUCACUGAGCCAUUUUGUUUCUUUGUGCCCUUCUUUUAUUCUUUCCACUUUUCUAUUUAUUUCUGUUUAUCUUUUCCAUUUAAAAUUCUAUGAAAAGAUGAAUAGAUGUCUAUAUCUAUCUUCUAUCUAUCUAUCUAUCUAUCUAUCUAUCAUCUAUCUAUCUAUCGAGAUAGAUUGA